GCUCCAGCUCCAGCAAAAGUUUCACGUGUGUUCGUGUGCUGUGAAAAGUGUGGAAAAACUUGAUCGGAACGAGAGCUAAGACAAGGCCACAGCAAAGCGAUAAGAAUCCGAAAAGGCAAGCGCAAGGAAAGGGAUUUUCUUCUGUGACACGCUUGAAGAAUUGCUGCCAAAAUUUUCACGGACGGUAAUAAGCUCGGUCCUGCAGCUGCGGGCAGAGGAAUGUUUUGCUAUCAGUGUCCGCCCGCCCUCCAUCCCUGCGGACCGCAUCCGCCGCGCCUGCCAACGCUCGACUAUCCCUUUGCUGCCACCCAUCCAUACACCAGCUACUCGUAUCAUCCUGCCAUACACGAUGAGACCUUUGUCCGGCGGAAGCAGCGACGGAAUCGCACCACCUUCACACUGCAACAGCUGGAGGAGCUGGAGACGGCAUUUGCCCAGACCCACUAUCCGGAUGUGUUUACGCGCGAGGAUCUGGCCAUGAAAAUCAACCUCACAGAGGCACGUGUUCAGGUCUGGUUCCAGAACCGUCGAGCCAAAUGGCGCAAGGCGGAGCGCCUCAAGGAUGAGCAGCGCAAGCGAGAAAAUGGCGAGAGCAGCAGCUCGUUGGAUAAGCUCCAUGACUCACGCGAGUCCUCGCCAGACAUCACUGGCGAAAUAGACGACGACAUGGACGAAAUGCCGCGUCAGCGCUCGCACAGUCCCAUGGCCAAUGGCCCCAUGGAGCAGCAGCAGCACUCGCACUCGCACUCGCACAGCCCUGGCGGCAACAUGCAUCUGGACUCCAGCGACAACGAGCGUCCGUUGUCCUCCAAUCAGCUGACCGCCACCCCGCACUCAGCCUCGCAGUCGCUGGGCUCCAUCAGCGCCGGCUCCCCGUCGCCGGGCAUGCGUGAGCACACGCCGCUGGCCAGCGGCCAGGCACCCAGCAGCCCCUCAAACUCACGCAACACCGACUCGCCCAUCGAGGUGGGUGGACCCAUGUCGCUGACCACCGGCUCCCGGAUGGGCCACCACUCCUCGAAUAACUCGGCCUCGUCCACGCCCACGCCAACGCCAACGCCCACGACGCCGCAUGCCCCCCAGAUGCCGCACAGCUCGGCUGCAGCGGCCGCGGCCUUUGGUAGCCACAUCUUUGGCAGCUUUGGUGCUGGAAGCGCCGGCGAUAACAAUUGCGGCUUUCGUCCGGUGCUUAGUGAACAGAGCGCUGUGGCAGCAGCGGCUGCAGCGGCGGCGGCACAGCGUGGCACAAACCACCAUCCACCGCUCUUCCUGCCGCCCCAUCUGGCGGCCCAGUUCUCCCAUCAGCCGCUCUUUCCGGGCCUCAAAGGUUGCUCGCCCUUCCAGAGCCUGUGCUCUUGCUGCUCUCUGAAGCCGCCACCGCUGCCGCCCUCCUCCUCGGGUGUGGCACCGCCGAUGAGUGUCAACGUGAGCAGCAGCUCGGCGGCUAGCUCCCCGGAAUCGCCCAAGUCCAGCCAGGGAUCGGGGGGUCAUGAUCCGCGCUCCAACUCCGUGGCAGAGCUGCGUCGCAAGGCACAGGAGCACUCGGCGGCACUGCUGCAGUCAUUGCAUGCCGCUGCAGCUGCCGGUCUGGCCUUUCCGGGCCUCCAUUUGCCACCACUCUCCUUUGCCCAUCAUCCGGCCCUGGGGCAGCACUCGCACUCGCAUUCGCACUCCCAUUCCGUGAAUCACAAUAACAACACAUUGCGGAUGAAGCACGAGGCCCAGGACAUGACCAUGAAUGGCAUGGUGGCAAGCGGGGCAGGAGGACAAGGACCAGCAGUCAGCUCAUCGGCUGCACUCUUGGAUCUGGCCGAAUCGGCAGUGGCAUAUCAACAGCACCAACAGCAGCAGCAACAGCAACAGCAGCAGCAACAUGCAACGCUGUCGCCCCCAACCACACCCACACAGCAGCAGCAGCAGCAACAGCAACAGCAGGCAUCAGUGGAUGCCCCAGGAUCGGGAGCCAAUUCUUUGAAUGGGAAUUCAGUGAAUGCCAAGAGUGAAUAAAGAUGUGAGUGGGGGUGUGGGUG